UUUAGGUUGAAUAAGCACUGAGCUGACUGUAAAAACCAAAAUCGCCUGCUAUGCGACGAAUUUGCCAACUUUGCUUUUCAGUGAUAGCCGGCUCUCUCUAUCUUUAACACAAUGUCACAAGAUUUGGCACUUGGCAACGAAGAAUUGUUUGGUGGUGAAAUUGGUGACGAUCUUGAGCUGUCCGAUUUCGAGGGCGAUCAAGGUUCCGCCGAUGAGAACGACAAGCCAGAUUCGAAUGGUAACGAAGAAAAUCACCAAAGCAACGAAGAAUCAACAGCACAUUACGAAAAGGAGCAACCACAACAGGAGCAGCAGCAGCAAACACCAGGAGAAGCUUUAUUUAGUCGAGAAGACGACAAUUAUGACGAUGAAGAAGAGGAAGAAGAGGACGAGGAAGAAGCCGUAAUGAGACGACCCCGAUUGCCUUCAUUUAAACGAGCUCAGCGCGAUUCAACACAAGAAGACGAUCCCGAUCUGGAACGGAUGCGGGAGGAACUACGAUCAAAGCGACAGGUUGCUGCCGGUGAAGAUGGUGGCGACUCACAACACGUCUCGCAGCAGCCGCCUGGGGAAUUGGAUCCUGGCCAAGCCUUUUUGGAGGUCUUUGAUCGAUACUCGGAAAAGGUCAUGUCUAGCGGCAAACGUAAAAGAAAGAAAGCCGACGAAGAGGAUUUGGAACGAGCUAUGGAUGAUGAGCUCUCAUCUUUACGUGAUAAGAUGAAGAUGGCUGCAGAACAAGACAAUCAUUCAAACAGCCAACGAAAGCCGGCUCUUGCCAAACUCAAAAUGCUACAAGAAGCCAAAGCAUUAUUGACUCUAGAUGCUGCGCAAGAUAGUAUUUUGGACAACAAUCUACUUGACACCAUUCGGCUUUGGCUCGAGCCUUUGCCAGAUCGCUCACUUCCAAGUCUCGAUAUUCAAAACACGAUGCUUGAUAUCUUGAACUCUUUAACAAUAAGCAGUGGACACUUACGAGAAAGUGGUGUGGGUAAAAUCGUAUACUUUUAUCAAAAGUCGCCUCGAGUUGAGCCACGGGUGAAGCGAAAAGCAGAACAGCUUGUGGCCAAGUGGAGUAGACUUGUUAUCAAGCGUAGUGAUAAUUACAGAGAACGCAUGCAUGAAGAACAAGAUUACUCGCGCGAGCAGUCAAUGGCGCAACGUAAACGAUACAGACCAUCAAAUGAACAACCUAGAGAAGGAGGUGAUGACCCUCGACGACGGGUUCAUGUUCAUAUCCCUCAGGCUGUGGCUCCUGAUUAUGAUAUCAUUCCUAAAAGCGUUGUAAAGAAAGAAAGAAGGAUAAAAUCAAAAGAAGGUACCAUGAAACGACUCACAAACACGAUUCGAUCGAUGAAGAAAUAAUAAUAAUAAUAAAGCUAUUCAACAAUGAAGAUUACAAAAGACAUUAUGACGAAAAGGG